AUGACAACUUACUCAAGGCUGCCGCCUUCCGGAAUCAAGGUGAUCAUAGUGGGCGCUGGCUUCGCCGGUCUUUGCGCGGCGAUUGAAUGUGACCGCAAAGGUCAUUCUGUGACAUUGCUGGAGAAAGUUUCAGAGCUGAAACCUCUGGGAGACAUCAUCAGCUUCUCAUCCAAUUCAGGCCACAUUUUUGAGCGAUGGGAGGGCGUCGUCGACGAACUGGAGCCCAUUAGCCACCACAGCGAGGGACUUGAUUUCUAUGACUGGAAGGGAAACUUUGCUACGAGGCAAAUAUGGGACGUGGAGAAACAAUGGGGGAGGCGGAUCAAUGGGCAUCGAGGCGAAAUCCAUCUCGUCGUCUUCAAGCAUGCCAAAGCCAGGGGUAUCGACAUCCGGCUUGGCCAACAUGUCACGGAUUACUUUGAGACCGAUACGGAAGCAGGAGUGAUUGUCAAUGGCGAAAGAUUGACGGCUGACUGUGUGAUUGCCGCUGAAGGUGUCAAAUCGCCAGGCAGGAAGAUCGUUUUAGGUUAUGAGGACCGUCCGAAGCCGUCGGGCUAUGCUGUCUACCGGACCUGGUUUCCUUCUGAUGAGCUGGCGAAAAAUGAAAGGACGAAACAUCUGGUCGUCAACGGAGAUUCACAUGCCGGUUGGAUUGGCGAAGACAAACAUUUUCUUGCAGCAUCGAUCAAGAACGGCAAAGAGUUCAGCUGGGUGUUGACGCACAAGGACGACGCCGAUAUUAUCGAGGACUGGCAAUUCCCCGGGAACAAAGAAGACGUCAAGAAGAAUCUGGCCGGAUGGGCUCCUGUGGUCCACGACAUUGUCGACGCCACUCCGGAAGACCGUCUUGUCGAUUACAAGCUGGUCUUCCGGGAUCCCUUACCGACUUUCAUCUCUCCAAAGGCACGGAUUGCGCUGAUCGGCGACUCGGCCCACCCUUUUCUGCCGACAUCGAUCCAAGGCGCCAGCCAGUCUAUGGAAGAUGGCGUCACGCUGGCAAUUACCCUCGAAAAGGCGGGCAAGGAUAAUGUGCAGCUGGGCAUUCGGGCGUACGAGUCAAUCCGCUAUGACCGUGUCCAUCGGGCUCAAAAGACUGGCAUCACAACGCGAGAGCAGUGGCACAAGGCUGAUUGGGACCAAAUCUGGAAGGAUCCCACGUCGUUACAUCUGAAGCGAGAGGCUUGGUUGCUGGAUUUCGACGCGGAAAGUCAUGCUUAUGAAGUGGUGGAUGAGGUGUUGAAAAAACUGAAGCAGGGUGCAACUAUUAAGAACAGUGCGGUGGCCGAGCCAGAUACCAAGGGGCUCCAGUCUGUGCUGGCUCAGGAGAUUGAUCAGCUUGCCUGA